CACGAAUAUCCAGUCAGAGGAAGGCUGGACUUUGUUUGAAAACAGGAAAUAAGAGCUUUAACCGAACAGAUGAAAGUUAUUAUACAGAAGGGCUCAGUAGUAAGAGGAGCGAUGCUUCUAACGUGGAGAAAACAGUUUUUCUGUCUUUUAUGGACCAUAAUUUUAUUAUCACAGUGGGUGCAUGGCCAGCACUGUAUCUGGUAUGGUGAAUGUGGUAAUUCCACUAAAAUUCCAGAGAAGAAGUUAAACUGUAAUUACACAGGCCCACCUAUACCUUUAUCUGACCAGGAAGGACAGAACCUGCUACAGGAGCUGUGCCCAGGACUGGUCUAUGAGGACAACAAAGUUUGCUGUGACACCCAACAGCUCAGGACUCUGAGAAACAAUAUUCAGAUCCCCCUUCAGUACCUGGACCGGUGUCCGGCAUGUUUCUUCAACUUCAUGACCCUGUUCUGUGAACUUACCUGCAGUCCCAGACAGAGUGAUUUCCUCAAUACAACACAAACUUCUCCAUUUAACCAAAGCACAACUAAUGUUUUUGAGCUGACCUACUAUAUCAACCUGAACUUUGCCAAUGCCAUGUAUAACGCCUGCAGGGACGUUCAGGCCCCCUCCACUAAUAUCAAAGCCCUCAAUAUCCUGUGCGGGAGGGAAGCUAGCCAGUGUACUCCCCAAAACUGGAUCAAGUACAUGUUCAAUAUUGAUAAUGGCCAAGUCCCCUUCGCUAUUGACCCGGUUUUCUCAGAUGUACCCGUCAAAGGUAUGGAUCCCAUGAACAACGCAACGUUUAACUGUACACAGUCUCUGGAUGAUGGCUCGGGGCCCUGCUCAUGUCAGGACUGCAGUGAGGCGUGUGGCCCCACACCCGUGCCCCCCAAACCCCUUCCACCCUGGAUUAUCCUUGGCAUGGACGCCAUGGCCGUCAUCAUGUGGUGUUCUUAUAUAGCCUUCCUCCUCAUCUUCUUUGGAGUUGUGCUGGGGGCAUGGUGUUACAGGAGAAGGAUGGUCACAUCUGAGUAUGGCCCAAUUCUUGAUAGCAACCACUCCCACUCCAUAAACUCUGAUGGCACAGAUUUCUUAGGUGAUGCUACGUGCUGCGAGACACUGGGCGAGCGUUUUGAGAACUGUCUCCGGGUUCUCUUCAGCAGCUGGGGCUCCAUGUGUGUGCGUCACCCCUUAACCGUGAUCCUGACCAGCGUGGUGCUGGUGUCGAUCUGCUCGGCCGGACUGACCUACAUGCGCAUCACAACCAACCCGGUGGAGCUCUGGUCGUCUCCCAGCAGUAGGGCCAGGCAGGAGAAGGACUAUUUCGACCAGCACUUUGGGCCAUUUUUCCGCACCGAGCAGCUCAUAAUCACCACCCCGGUGAAUGCAUCGUACGUUUUUUCACCCACCUUCGGACCAGACAUCCCCUUCACCUCCAUUCUGAACAUAACACUCCUCCGUCAGGUGUUGGAUCUUCAGAUAGAAAUUACAAACCUAACAGCUGAAUACAAGGGAGAGACGGUUACUCUUAAAGACAUCUGUGUUUCUCCACUGGCUCCUUACAAUGACAACUGUACCAUCCUAAGUGUGUUAAACUACUUCCAGAACAGCCAUGAAGUCCUGAAUCAUAAGCUUGCUGAUGAGUUCUAUGUCUACUUUGACUACCACACUCAUUUUAUGUAUUGUGUCAGCUCUCCCACGUCCCUGGAUGACACAAGCCCCUUGCAUGACGCCUGCAUGGGUACAUUUGGAGGACCAGUUUUCCCCUGGCUUGCUCUUGGUGGAUAUGAAGGUAAUGAUUACAACAACGCCACAGCUCUAGUGAUCACCUUUCCUGUCAACAACUACCUAAAUGACACAGAAAAACUAGGCAAAGCUUUAGCAUGGGAGAAAGCGUUUAUCGACUUUGUGAAGAACUAUGACAACCCCAACCUGACCAUCUCAUUCAGUGCGGAGCGCAGCAUUGAAGAUGAGAUCGACCGCGAGAGCAGCAGUGAUGUCACCACCAUCGUCAUCAGCUACGUCAUCAUGUUUGUCUACAUCUCACUGGCUCUGGGACACAUUAACAGCUUCUGGACAGUGCUGGUAGACUCUAAGAUCUCUCUGGGUAUCGCCGGUAUCCUGAUCGUGUUGAGUUCAGUCGCAUGUUCGCUGGGUAUCUUCAGCUACAUCGGCAUCCCUCUAACUCUUAUUGUCAUUGAGGUCAUUCCCUUCCUCGUGCUGGCUGUGGGCGUGGACAACAUCUUCAUCAUUGUACAAACCUACCAGAGGGAUGAGCGGAUGCCUGAAGAGGAGCUUCAUCAGCAGAUUGGACGUAUCCUCGGAGAGGUGGCUCCCAGCAUGUUCCUCUCUUCCUUCUCUGAGACCGUUGCUUUCUUUUUAGGUGGUCUGUCUAGCAUGCCUGCAGUGAGGACGUUCUCUCUAUUCGCUGGUCUGGCCGUCUUCAUUGACUUCCUUCUGCAGAUCAGCUGCUUUGUGUCUCUGCUGGGCCUGGACAUCAAAAGACAAGAGGCAAAUCGUCCAGAUAUAUUUUGCUGUGUGAAGUUUCCUGAGGGACAACGGGAAAAGUCAGAAGGUUGUUUGUUCCGCUUUUUUAAGAAGAUAUAUGCUCCUUUCAUCUUGAAGGAUUGGGUGCGCCCCCUGGUGGUUGCUGUGUUUGUGGGAAUGCUGUCAUUUAGCAUAGCCGUUGUUAAUAAAGUGGAGAUUGGACUUGAUCAGAAAUUGUCCAUGCCUGAUGACUCCUAUGUGCUGGAUUAUUUCGGGAAUCUGAGUGAGUAUCUGCACACUGGGGCACCAGUUUACUUUGUGGUAGAGGACGGACAUGACUACAAAACCUCAGAGGGUCAGAACGCGGUGUGUGGCGGAGUGGGCUGCAACAACAACUCUCUAGUCCAGCAAAUUUAUACCGCAUCGCUCUUGAAAAACUAUACUAAGAUCAGCAACGCUCCAUCGUCCUGGCUGGACGACUACUUUGACUGGGUGAAGCCGCAGUCUUCCUGCUGCAGAUAUUAUAACACCACCGGAGCGUUCUGCAAUGCUUCAGUGGUGGAUAAGAGCUGUGUUCACUGCAGACCUUUGACCUCUUGGGGGAAAAAGAACCCUAAUGGUACUGAAUUCACGCACUUCCUCCCCAUGUUUCUCUCAGACAUCCCAAAUAUCAAGUGUGGAAAAGGUGGUCAUGCUGCAUACAGCACUGCUGUGGAUCUCCUAGAGAACAACACUGACGUAGGUGCCACCUACUUCAUGAGCUAUCACAGCAUCUUGAAAACAUCUUCUGACUUCAUUGAUGCCUUGAAGAUGGCGCGAGAGCUUACCGACAACAUCACGCAGGCCAUCGGCCCACAAAACAAGACUUACAGUGUCUUUCCUUACAGUGUAUUCUACGUCUUUUACGAACAGUAUCUCACGAUCGUCUAUGACGCUGCCUUUAACCUUGGUAUUUCGUUGAUGGCCAUCUUUGUGGUGUCUACGGUGCUUUUGGGCUUUGAGCUGUGUUCGGCUGUGCUGGUGUGCUUCACCAUUGCUAUGAUCCUGGUCAACAUGUUCGGAGUCAUGUGGUUGUGGGAUAUCAGCCUCAACGCCGUCUCAUUGGUCAACCUUGUCAUGUGUUGUGGCAUAUCGGUGGAGUUCUGCAGUCAUAUUGUGAGGGCUUUCUCUGUCAGUACCAAGAGCUCGAGGGUGGAUCGCGCAGAGGAGGCGCUGGCACACAUGGGCAGCUCUGUGUUCAGUGGCAUCACCCUCACUAAAUUCGGUGGGAUCCUGAUUCUAGCCCUGUCCAAAUCCCAGAUCUUCCAGAUUUUCUACUUCCGCAUGUAUCUCUCAAUAGUCCUGCUAGGAGCUGCUCAUGGCCUCAUCUUUCUGCCUGUAUUACUCAGUUAUGCAGGCCCGUCGGCAAAUAAAGCAAAAGUCAUGGCUGCUCGCAAAAGGGUUGUGGGUACAGAGAGAGAGCAGCUUAUCUACUAACUGAACGGCCGUGGACAGCACCAGCUCUUCAUUUCCAUGCUAGUUAGUAACACUUCAACAGACUUAAUACAGAAGGACUUUCACCGCUUUCCCUUUCAACAUACACCAAAAACCCUCAGCUCUGAAGAAUCGGUUUGGAAGAUCCUUUCAGUAUUGAAGUGAUCCAGUGAAGUAGAGUCUGUAUGUGGAAAAGAUGACCGUUGUUUCCUCAAAUGUGUCUCA